AGGAGCAGUCGGUGGCCCUGACUUCCCCGGGUCCGGUGUCUGAGCAGAGGGAAAGCACUUCCUUCAACAUGCCGACGGUGAAGAAGCACAGGAGAAAGGACUCCUCCGAACGUCCCCAGGAACCUUCGGAGAAGGAGAGGGAGCAGCUGGCCGAGGCGGAGCUUCGGAGGCUGAAGCAGCAGUUCCGGAAGAUGGUGGACAGCCGGAAGUCCUUCAACUUCCGCUCGCAGCAGCAGAUGGUUCACCAGCAGGAGAAAAUCAAGACCCUGCAAGAGGAGCAGGAUGAGAUCACCCUGCUUUUGAGUCUCAUCAACUCCUCCAAGAACUUGGAUCUGAAUGAGAAAAACUACAUGGAGCUGCGUUUCUUGCUGCAAACCAAAGAGGAAUAUGAGGCUUUGAUUAAAUCGAUGAAAGUUCUGUUGGCUGAACUGGAUGAGAAGAUUAUUCAGAUGGAAAAAAAAAUUAUAAACCAAAAACAGAUCUUCACAAAAAUGCAGGAGGCCAACAACCCCCGGAAAUUGCAAAAACAGAUCCACGUGUUAGAGACGCGCUUGAAUCUUGUCACCGUACAGUUUGACAAGAUGCUGACCACCAAUACAAAGCUCCGGAAGGAGAUUGAGGACCUACGUUAUGAGAAGGCUGCUUAUGAUAAUGUCUACCAGCAACUCCGUCGGCGCCUGUCGAUGCAGAAGAAAACCAUGAAUGUGGCCAUUGAGCAGUCUGCUCAGGCCUAUAAGCAGAGACUGGAAGCCAUGGCUCGAAUGGCUGCCAUGAAUGAUCGCCAGCAGAAGGACAUCUCUCAGUACAACGCGGAGAUCCGAGAGCUGGAGCGCGUCUAUGCCCAUGAGACCAAGCUCAAAUCCUUCCUGCUCAUCAAGCUGAAUGACCGUAUGGAGUUCGAGGAGCAGGCCAAAAAGGAAGAAGCUCUUAAGGUAAAGAAGCAAGGGAAGAAGAGCAAUGCUGAGAGUAUUGAGAGCUACGAGGUAGCCCACCUCCGGCUGCUGAAGCUGACUGAGAAUGGGAACCUGAAUCAGCUCAUUGAGGACUUUCUGGCCAAGGAGGAGAAGAACUUUGCUCGGUUCACGUAUGUCACAGAGCUCAACAAUGACAUGGAGAUGAUGCACAAGAAGAUUCAGAAAAUCCAGAAUGAAAUCAUCCGCUUGGAGUCCCAGCAGAAAACAUCCCAGGAUGACAACCACUCUGUCCUGAGACAGCUGGAGGAGAAACUAAAGAAGACCACCGAAGAGGCGGAUAUGUAUGAGAGCAACUACAAGGAGAUCAGCCAGACCUUGGAUUAUCUCAAGAGCACAGUGAAGAAUCUUUUUAAUAAAAUCAAUUGCGAUGCCACCAAGAUCAUGGUGCAGUUAGGAGAGGCAGGGAAAGUCACUGAUACCAACCUUCCGCAGUACUUUGCUAUUAUUGAAAAGAUGACCAACGACCUGCUGCUGUUGGAGUCCUACAGGCGGAUCCUGGAUAUAGAAGGGGUAGAGGCUGAGACCCCACCACCCUUCAUCAACCCUUUUUGGGGCAGCUCUGCCCUCUACAGGAAUAUAGAACCCAUCAAGGUCAACCCCCCCGUGUUCGGGACUGACCCCUUCAGUGAUAAGUUGGAAGAAAUGGAACAUCCCCUGGACCACAGCAACCUUCGGCAGAUGGUCCUCAGCAACAACCUCAAGAGAGAGUCUCGAAUCAGGGACUCACAACCGGAAAGCACCCUGAAAAGGGGGAUCAUCUGA